AUGAACAAGGAAGCAGUUAUGAAAUACUUUGACCUAUUGCAAGAUUUGCUGAUAGAACAUGACUUACUUGACAAACCUGAAAAUUGUUAUAAUGUUGACGAAACGGGUUUACAACUCAAUAGUAAACUCGGCAGUGUUGUGGCUGUAAAAGGAUCAACAUCUGUAGUAAAUAUUACUUCUGGGGAAAAAGGAGAGACCAUAUCAUUGAUCGCUUGUUGUAACGGUGAAGGGAUUUUUCUUCCACCAGCGUGUAUUUUUAAAGGGAAAAAUGAAAAACCCGAGUACAAAAAUGGGAUGCCAAAUGGAUCCACAAUAUUUAUGCCCCAGAAGUCCGCAUACGUCAAUAAUGACAUAUUUUAUUUAUGGCUAAAAAAACAUUUUUUACCAAGAAAAUCUAAAGGAAAAAUAAUUUUAAUCCUCGACGGGCACAGUUCCCACUGUAGCUCAGUCGAAACUCUUGAGUUUGCACAGGCAAACGACAUUAUACUUUUGUGCCUACCAAGCCAUACAACUCAUUGGCUACAACCUUUGGAUGGUUCCUUUUUUAAGGCAUUGAAGUCCCAUUAUUACAACGCUUGUAAUAUAUAUAUAUGA